CGACUUUAGAAGAAGAAACCAGUUAUAAUACAUAAUGGAUCUGGAAGAAGAAAACAAUUUCACUGAUGAUGAGAUCAGAUAUGAAUUAUCAAAACUAGGCUACAACAAUGUGCCAGAUCAAAGGCUGAAAGAGUUCAAGAAAGAUCUUAAAGUGCUGAUAAGACAUGAGUACAGUAAAGAAAGUUCACAGAACAACAGCAUGUCAUCUCACCCUCCACCAGACACAUCUACUUCAAUCGGUGGUUUCCCACACAGCUAUAAUAGGAGUCCUUUAGAAGAAUCACAACAGAGAUCUACUACACAAGAUUCCUGGAGGAUACCAAAUCACCAAGGCGGUAAGGAGAACAGGUAUGACAUUGGCAUUGACCCUAUUCUGAGGAAACCUCUUGGUCCAGCCCCUAAACAGAUUGGUGGGAAUUUUUCCAUGUAUGACUCAACAACAGACACGUCACAACACCAGCACAGAGAUGAUGUAUCAGACACUGACACAGAGCGCAGAAUGGUCAAACGUAAAGUAUUAAGGAAAAAAGAUGAUGGUUCUAAAGUGAUAGAUGAGUCCAUGAGUGAUAUAGGAAGUAUACUUGACCUCGAUGAGAGACUAAGGGAUCUUGGCAUUGACGAUGAACGAACAUCUCGAAGGCCUCAGUCCUCCAGAGAAGUGCCUCCCUACAGACUGGCACCGGAUGACCAGCGCCCUGCCUCAGUUAUUCUAAGAUCAGCAAAACAUCCUCACACUAAGAAUCUUCGUAAGUCGGAUCCUGUGGCACGAUUUCAGCAGUUCCAACAAAGUUGGUCACAGCAGAAGGCUCCAGGUGAAAAGGUCCACAAAAAUCUGCGCUGGAACAUCCGAGAACACAUGCUGAAUCAGGACCAAGUGUUAGAGAAGAAGUCGCAAAGAGUGUUCGUGCCCAACAAAUAUGUGGUACCAACAGACAAGAAGAGGCGAGAUCUGAGAUGGCAGAUACGUAUGGACAUUGCUCAAGGGCAGAUGCCACCUCAUGGCUUUUAUCAUGAAUACUGAUGACUAAUAAGUGUUUUAUGUCUGCAUUGCUCACCUUGUAAGUCUGAUCUUGUGAUCAUACAGCUAGAAAUAUCCUGCUGUGGACUCAGACAAGUGACUGAUCUUGUAUCAGUAUCAACCCGGCAGCUCUAUCACUUGCUCAGUGUUUUCAAGUCUGACAUCUGAGCAUUACAAUGUUGUUGUCCUUUGUGACAUUGUUAGAUGUGAGAUGUUGGUCCUCUGUGACACCUUUGGGUGUGAAACAUCAGUGUAUUCUGAAGGGUAGUUAGAUCUGAGCUGAACAACAUUGACCUUGAUGACAUCUUUUAAUGUGACACAUCAGUGUAUUCUGUAGGGCAGUUAGAUCUGAGCUGAACAUUUGUCCUCGAUGACAUAUUUGGAUGUGAAGUAUCAUUGCAUUCUGUAGGGUAGUUAGAUCUGAGCUGAACAACAUUUGUCCUCGAUGACAUAUUUGGAUGUGAAGUAUCAGUGUAUUCUGUAGGGUAGUUAGACCCGAGCUGAACAACAUUGUCCUUGGUGACUUUGUUGAAUGCAAGCCUUUGGUGUUUUCUAUCAUCCUCUGUGAUAAUGUUGUUCAUGUUGGUGUAUUCUGCAGGACUAAUCAUGACUUUGCUGAAAUACGCUAGGGUUUUAUUGCAACAAAACUAUAGAAAUAAUUCUACAUUCUGUUUAUUGACUUUGCUGAAAUAUGCUAGGGUUUUAUUGCAACAAAACUAUAGAAAUAAUUGUACAAUCUGUAUAUUGCACAGAUUUCAUUGGUAUGUUUGUGUUUAUCUAAACUUUUUCAUUAUGACUGUAUUAACCAGCAGUUUGUUCAGCAGUUGUAAGAUGAAGAAUUCUUUAUUUGAUAAUAUCUAACAAAACUUUUGUAUAAAUUUAUAAUGAAUGCAAAAUAAUCUGGAUUCUCAGCAUCUACGUUUAAAGAAAGUGUUGGAAUACGACACAGUAAAGUGUGUUAAAAUGUUUGUUUUAUAGUCAUAGUGCUAACAUUACAGAAAGGCACAUCCAUUAAUACAUUUGUCUCAAGAUCUUCACACAAAAAGUUUUCUUGAUGUAAAGAAUACUGGUUAUGUAAAGAUCACAUCAAUUAAUACGUUUGUCCCGAGAUCUUCACAGCAAAAGUUUUCUUGACUUAAGGAAUGCUGGUCAUGUAAAUAUUUGUAUUUUACUAGAAAGAUUUUAUUAAUAGAAAUCAUGUUCGAAGGAUUGGUUUACAUUGAAAAGCUUUCAUGUCUGUCUUCUGCUGCUUUUACUUGUGAAUAUAAACGUAAUUUAUUUGUAAAGUAACGUACCAAAAAUAUUCAUGUAUAUAUGUCUAAUGAAAAAUAAAACAACGUAGAAAGA